AUGUUCUUCUCGCUCGCCCAGACUCUGGUCUGCGUGCUGCUCAUCAAUGGCGGCCUCUAUGCGCUGCAUUUGAGCGGCAACAGCGAGAAGCAGGCGGGCACUGGCUCCAGCUCGGGGCCAGGCUCGGGCCUGGGCUCAGCGUUGAGCGCCGGCCAGGUGAGCGCCUCUGGUGCUUGGCAGCCGCAGCAGCAGCAGCAGCUGCAUCAGCAUGCGGGCGGCGGAGCGCCACCUGGCGGCGGGCUGGGCAGCAAUGGCCAUGGACAUCGCUCGGACGGACAUCGUUCGGCGGCUGCGGCUGCUUUCGAUGCGACUACGGGCCGUUUGAACAGGGAGAUCGCGGACAUGGCGCAGCUGGAGCGCGAGCGCUUGAUGCUCCUCGGCCUGGCCAAGCAGACGGCCGAGAGUCCCGAUGCGCCCGCUGGCCACCACGGCCGUCCCAUCAUCGCGGGCCGCGUUCAAAUGCAGCCCAGUGAGGGCCUGGACGUGGGCGACUAUCCGGCUCUGUUGCAGCAGGCAGCUCGCGGCUUUAUGUUUGGCAGCGUGCAAAAGCAGCCGCCGCCACCGCUGGCCGCCGACGAGGACUACGAGCAGCUACGUGAGUUUGGGCGGCGUCCCGUUAAGUACGACUAUGGACGCGUGAUGCAGCCACCGGAGCGUGAACUGGAGGGCGAAACCCUUUACGAGCCGCUGCAUGGCUUUGGCGACUUUGAUGACUUCUCAGAGCUGGAGCCGAACGCCGACGAGCCUCAUUUGGGCGAGGAUGAGUUGCUGCGCGAGCUAGACGCCUAUCAGUAUCAUGGCUUAGAGGAGGAGCCGCUUCCCGAGAAUCCCUAUCGCACAGCAGAGCAGCUCGAGCUGAGCGCACCCGAUGCCCUGCAGCAGCUGCUCGAGCAGGAGCAGCGCGAUACGCCGGGCAAGUCCAAUCCGAAAGCACACACUCCCGGCAACUACAAUAUACGCAUGCAGCAGAAGUGGACCAGGAAACGGGCACAGGCGCCCAGGCAGCCGCAACCGAUGCUCCAGCGCAACAUCUUUGGCCAACACUUCAAGCAGCAACGCGGCAAACUGGCGCUAGCCAACUCGGAGGCCACGGCCAGCAAGCAUCUAAAGGCAGCCACACGUUCCGGCAGCCAGCAAAACAAACAACCGCACGAGUCACCAGCAUUAGCAUUAGCUGCUGGUGAUGCACAGCAGCAACAGCAGUCGACCUCGUCCUCGUCCUCGUCGUCGUCAUUGUCAUCGCAACAGCAGUCGUCGCAGCAGGAGCAGAACAAGAAGGAAUCGGAUCAGUCGUUGAUGCAUCCCAAUCACAAGCGAUCAGGCAGCGCCGCCGCUGGAGCACUAGGUGGCUAUGCGUCGCCACCAGUUUCCCACAGCAUUGCCAGCCAAUUGAUGCUGCGCACAGCGCGUGGCCAGCGGCAAUACGAUGUGCCACAAAUCGAGUGCCCCACCGCAAUGGAUGGCAUGGAGCGCUUCGCAUGCCCCACACCGGAUCUGCAGGGACGCUAUCGUUGCAUAGAUGAUCAUGUGCUAUGCGAUGGCUUCAUCGAUUGCCCGGAGGGCGAGGAUGAGGACCGAAGAUCCUGCAUGUUCUACAAGACGACGAAAGCUCAUUUGGAUGUGUUAGCGGAUGCGUUACUACGCUGGGCGCGGGGGCGUUAA